AUGUUUCGUGCAGCCAGCGAGCGAUUCGUCAACUCGCCAUGGCAGCACAACCCCAAGCGGACCGUCUUCGACGUAAGAGGAGGCGCUGAGGUCUAUAGCUGGGUACAGCAGGUCUUCUUGAACCAGCUCUACAUGGAGCUGCCCGCAGAUGGUGCUGCCGAGGGCUACUGCACCAGCACCCAUCCCUGCCGAUUGGGUGAGGGGAAUGUGAACCACGAGAACGAAUGCUCUGGGGCUUUGAGGCCAGGCGAUCGGAACUGCCCGUCGCGCUUGGGGGUUCGCGCCAGCUGCUGCCAGCAGUGUCAAGGGUCAACAUGCCCGGAGAGCCACCUACCGGCAAAGCAAGGCUUCCUAGUGGCCAACACCUCCGUGCUGGACCUUUCCGCGAACUGCGCCGAAAAAGUGCCAAGCUGGCUGUAUCUGCUGCCGCAGUGGAAAGACGAUGAUCCACCUGAUUCUGAUCCGGGCAACUACACCUUUUGCCCAGAAAGGGUUGGGCGGCAGGGGAAGCGCGGUCUCAUGGUGGGACGCUUCAACCUGGUCCUUAUGGGCCGACUGUCUCUCAAGCGGCGGAAGUUGGCGACAUCAAGUUCGCCCAUCUUCUCGAAUGCCUAUCCCAGUGUCAUGUCGUACCGCAAGACAGAUGCCUUCCAGUACAGAUCUGCCGAAGAGGACACGGCCUCAUUUGGGACGGACACUGCGUACAAUUACGCCAAGGAUGCAGGCUUCAGGAGAGCCGGGGGGUUCGUUGAGAUGCUGAACUUCGAUGAGCCGAAGCAUGUCAUCUUGAAUAAGAUUGCAGCAUUGAGGCGGAAUGGUUGGUUCAAUCUCAAGCAGGGGUCCUUGGUUGUGGAGCUUCUAGUAUGGAACGGCAACGUGGAGCGCCUGCUGCACACGGCCUUUGUUUUCGAGCAUGACUUCAGCGGAAAGACGGAAACACAGGUCCUUGUAAGCAGUCUCGCAUUCAACAUUCACGACCUGAAUGCAGUUCCUACCUACUUUCUCUUCACCCUCUACCUUGUCAUUAUCGUCUGCUUCGUCUUCUUCCUGCGUGCGCAGAUUGAAGAUAUUUCGGCGGACUAUAGGGCUUAUCUUUCUGAGCCAAUGGGUUACAUCAAGCUGGCCCUCUUCUGCCUUU